AUGGCGGUGGAUGAGCAAGACAAUCCCUCAGAAUUUACCCCAAGAGAAGCCGAGCUUCAACGACAGAUCGACGGACUGCAGAGCCAAGUAAUCGACUUGCACAAGGCUCGAGAAACAACCGAAAAUCCAGAGCUUUCCUCCGAGGUUCAGAGCCUGAAGGAAAAACUCGGUGAACACUCCAAACAGCUGGAGUUAAGCGCCGAGAAACUCAACCAACUACAGACGGAGAACGCUGCACUCCGAGACCAGAACAAAGCUCCCAGCAAGGCAAACAAUAAGAAGUGUCGCUUCAACACUCGGGUUCGACCUAUGGGAAGCCUGAGCACUCCAAUCCAGGGGAGCAACCCUGAUUUGUACACAGGAGUAGCUACCCCAAUCCAGGGGAGCAACCCUGACUCCAUCAAGAUGUACGAUGGCACCGGAGAUCCCGACGAUCAUAUCGCACAAUAUAAACAGAGGAUGCUAGCGUUUGCGCUCCCCAAGGAUUCUCAUGAAGCUACCAUGUGUAAAGGGUUCGGCUCCACUCUAAUUGGACCUGCCUUGCAAUGGUAUAUCAAUCUCCCUAUCAGGUCCUUCUCUUCCUUUGCCGGCCUGAGCGACAAGUUUGUAGAAAAAUUCGCGAGUAGUAGGAGUCUGGAGAAGACUUCAGACGGUGUCUACGACAUCCUCCAGCAUCGAGAAGAACCCCUGCGGGACUACAUAGCCCGUUUCAAUCAAGAGAAGGUAGCGGUCCCUGAAUGCAGCAUCCCUACCGCAAUCUCUGCCUUCAAGAGAGGCAUACUUCCAGACGGAGGGCUCUACAGAGAGCUAACCAUGUACCCUUGCAAAACCAUGGAGGAUGUGCUAUCCCAAGCAUGGGCACAGGUGAAGUGGGAAGAGGAAGUUGCUAGCCGCGCCAAGGCUCAACCCAAAUAG